AUGGACGAACUGGGUAAGAACUGGCUCUCCGGGGUUUGUCUCUACGACAAGAACGAGGUGAUGAGCAGCAAGCUGGACAUCGACAAUAUGGCCGGUGUAUUCUUCAUGCUGCUGGUGGCGAUGUGCCUCAGCUUCCUCGUCUUCCUGAGCGAGAACUUCUUUUACCGCUUUGGGCGCCACUGGACCAAGCCCGAGCCAGCCAAGAAGCCCGGCCUGCUGUUCAUCGUCAGCAGGGCCAUUUACAGCUGCGUACAUGGAAUCAAGAUUACCAAGGACAAGGACGACUUCCACAGGAUGGCCAAAAAUGCCUACAGAAGAACUCAAGCAUCAUGGGCCUCCUGA